CAAUGCAUAAACUAAAAGGAACACAAAAAUCUUGUGUGUAAUGAAGGUUUUUCCUUUAAACCCAUUACUUACUUUUACCAACUUCAUUAUUGUAUCUUCAUUUUUAGUCCAAUGGACAGCAGCUUCAUCUUACAAACAUGAAGAUUUUCUUCAAUGUCUCUCCAUCUACUCUAGAGACAUUCCAAUAUACACUCCAAUCAAUUCCUCUUAUUCUUCCCUUUUGACAUCCUAUGCUCAAAACACUAGAUUCUCAACACAACACAAAACCCUAAAACCCCUUGUCAUCAUCAAACCAUCUCAUAUUUCCCACAUUCAAGCCAUUGUGAUUUGCUCCAAAAGCCAUGGCUUGCAAAUCCGAAUCCGAAGCGGAGGCCACGACACGGAGGGCCUUUCUUACAUCUCCGACGUUCCGUUUAUCGUCAUCGACCUAAUAAAUCUUAAGUCCAUUGAAGUUGACACGAAGAACAACACUGCAUGGGUUCAGUCUGGUGCAACAAUAGGUGAACUCUACUAUAAGAUCGCUGAGAAAAGUCGAACCCUAGCAUUCCCAGCAGGCGUUUGCCCGACGGUGGGCAUUGGAGGGCACUUUAGCGGCGGUGGAUAUGGGUGGUUGAUGCGAAAAUAUGGUCUUGCUGCGGAUAAUGUUAUGGAUGCUUACUUGGUUGAUGAUGAUGGGAGGGUUUUCGAUAGGGAGACGAUGGGGGAGGACUUGUUUUGGGCCAUUCGAGGCGGCGGAGGAGGGAGCUUUGGGAUCGUGGUAGGGUGGAAGGUGAAACUGGUUAGAGUUCCACCGAUUGUGACAACUUGUAGGCUGGAAAAAAGCUUGGACAAAAAUACAAAGAAGAUUGUAUAUCAAUGGCAGUAUGUUGCUAACAAAAUGGAGGACACUCUACUCAUCGGCAUCAAUUUGACUGGUGGGAAUCCAACACAAGGAGUCAAAAGAAAUCCAACAGCUUCAUUCUUCUCUUUGUUUCUUGGAAAGACAAACAAGCUUAUUACAAUCAUGAACACAACAUUCCCUGAGUUAGGGUUGACAAAGUCUAAUUGCGAAGAAACAAGUUGGAUACAAUCAACUCUCAUUUCAGCAGGUUUUACAAAUGGAGAAGCCUUAGAAGUUUUGCUAGCCAAACCUCCAAUCAAAACCAUAAGCUACAAAAUCAAAUCAGACUAUGUGAAACAACCCAUUUCCCAACAAGCAUUAAAGGGAAUAUGGGAAAGAUUAAAAUCUCAAGUAACAGAAACAUCACAACUUUUUUUGUUUCCUUAUGGUGGGAAAAUGAGCAAGAUUUCUUCAUCAAAGAUUCCAUUUUCACACAGAGCUGAAUUUCUAUACAAAAUCUCAUACACUGUUGGGUGGACAGAGCAAAGUAUUGUUGCAAAUGAAAGACAUCUAAAUUGGAUACGAGAGCUUUAUGACUAUAUGACUCCUUUUGUUUCGAAUUCGCCGAGGGCUGCCUAUAUCAAUUAUAGAGAUCUUGACAUUGGAACAAAUAAUAAGUAUGGUAACACGAGCUACAAGCAAGCAAGUAUUUGGGGAUUGAAGUAUUUUGGGAACAAUUUCAAAAGGCUUGUGCAGGUUAAAACUAAGGUCGAUCCUUCAAAUUUCUUUAGGCAUGAGCAAAGCAUACCUCCUCUCAGUUUGUCAUAGGCUUCUUGAUGUUGUUUUCAUGUGUGUUUGUCCAAUCCCAAACUUUGUUUGUAUUGCAAAAUAAGAGGUUGUGUCAGCUGACUUUGAUAUUUUUGUGUGAUUAUUAAAUAAGAUCCAAGAAAAAUUUGUGAUUUUCGAAUCAUCAAUGACUUUUGGAAUAUGUAAUGAUUAUGUAAUUUACUAGAUAACUAUUUCCUAAGUUAUUAACUAGGAAUUAGUAAAAAUAAAUAAAUAAAUAAUAAAAUCUAAUCCACCCC